AUGGGUUGGAUGCUCUCCACCUGGGUGGCCGUGGCCCUGCUGGUUCUCUGCAGGGGACAAAAUAUUGAACAUGAAGGAAAAAGCCUUUCUGAAUCUGGCUACCAUCUAUGUAUUCACAAUGAGACGAGCAUUGUGAGCUUCGUUGCCUUGCAUAAAGUCCCCUAUACUGUGACAAAGCCUUGUGGUGGCUGGCUCCUGUGGAAGACAUGCACAGUCACACUCUACAAGAUGACCUAUCAGACUGAGUACAAGACAGUGAUGAAACAGGUGACCAGGUGCUGCGAGGGAUACGUACAAGUCGGCCGUUACUGUGCCCUGCCUGUAAACAGGAGUGGGAAGUUCACUGCCAAGCCAGGAUCCUGUCCAAAUGCAGAUGGAUUGUAUCCCAGAUCUGAGUUCUGUGACUGGGACAUAGACUGCCCAGGUUGGCAAAAAUGCUGCCAGAGAUCGGGGUGCUUUGUCUGCAGUGAUCCUGCAACUAAUUAUUCAGAGAAUGGAGGAUACCGUUUCAAUGUGACAGUGACAGUGAAGACAGAUCACCACCAACUAACGUCCAAGGAAAGAGAUCUUCUGAAUCACACAAGAUUACUGCAAGCAAUGGUGACUGGAGCUCUGCAGUCUGAUAUAUCAGUCUAUUACCUCAGCUCAUGGCCUGUGCAUCCAUAUAGAACAGCUACUGCACUGCUGGUCGCCUGCAACUUUACUCUUUCACUGUACAAUGUCACAUCAAGGCUGCAUCUUCUCCUCAAACACAUACAGGAGGUGUCAUCUGUAACCGUGGAAGAUGUAGAUGAGUGUGCACACCCUGCUCUCCGUCAGUGCUCCCUUCAGGCACAAUGUAACAACACAGUGGGCUCCUACCUGUGCACCUGCCGUGGAGGAUACGUUGAUGUUGAUCCCAGCAACCCUGGAGCUCAUUGCACAGCUGACAUCCCUGCAUGGACCCCCCCACCGUGCUUCCUUCCAACCAUGAACAUGACCUACACUCCAGUUUCCACCACAACACAGGACCCUCCAGGGAGCAGCACUGUGGGUCCCUUCAACUCCACUGACAUCAACAUGAUUACUACAGCUCUGAGUAAUACAAGCUCUGUCCCUUAUAAUUCAUCACAUGCUCCUCACUGGACGAGUUCUGCACCUUAUACCAGCAUGAGCUCAACUGUCGAGUCACCUCUGCCAACAACCGCAUGCUCUCCUCCCAACAUCUCCAGUUUACAGUUGGUCAACAUCACUGGGACGUCCUUCUGCAUAACCUGGUCCAGCCAGUUUCAAACAGACCCGACCUAUCGAGUGGUUCUAAGCACCAGGUCAAAGGUCAAUUAUUGGGAGACCGGUGACACAAUGAUGGAAAUGAGAGGACUGCUGCCUGGAGAGCUCUACAAUGUCACUGUCACGCCUUAUUCCUGCGGAAGCCAAGGAGACACCCUUCAUAUAUUAGUCAGAACUGAUGCUCAGACUCUUGACGCCACUGCUCGAAUUACCCAAAUGCAGUUCACUGCUGACCUGCAGACCACUAGCAGCCAGGCCUACAAAAACCUCUCUGCGAGCAUUGUAGAUGAGAUCUACCAAUCUCUAUCUCCAGAGAUGAAGGCCAUGGUGGAUUCCGGCCAGGUGAGAAUCGAGAUCAGAGGCUUUUCUCCAGGCAGUGUGGUGGUCACCUUCAGCAUUAUUUUCACCCCUAAUCAAAGCCAAGACAUCAAAAAUGUGUCCAUUGCUCUGCUGUACUCCCUGAUGAACAGCUCCAAAUACACUGUGGAUAAAAACAACAUAAGCAUAAAGGAUUUUGAUGAAUGUGCUCCAGGGGAAAAUGACUGUUCUCAGUGGGCGACAUGUACAAACACCUGGGCUUCCUACAUGUGUGAUUGUAAAGACGGAUUUGUAGACAACAACUCACAAAGGUCUGGACGAGCCUGUCAAGGUAAUGCCUCACAAUCUGAUAGUGGUGGAUUAUAUGCACUUAAUUUAAGGCUAUAUUGGAAACAACAACAAUACCACUACCACCAACAUCAUUUGCAGAAUCCCAGUUGUAACCACUGCCCCAACCACCACCUCAUCUACUCCUACAAUCACCUCUACUACACCAACAACCGCCUCUACUGCACCAGCAAUCACCUCUAUUGCCUCUAUAACCACCUUUACUACCCCUAUAACCACUUCCACUGCACCAGCAACCACUUCUACUGCAAUAGCAACCAUCUCCACUGCAGUAGCAACCACCUCCACUGCACCAGUAAUUGCCACUACUGCCCCUAUAACCACCUCUACUGCACCAGUAAUCACCACUGCUGCCCCUAUAACCACAUCUACUACCUCUACAACCACCUCUACUGCACCAGCAAUCACCUCUAUUGCCCCUAUAACCACCACUACUGCACCAGCAACCACAUCUACUUCACCAGCAACCACCUCUACUGCCCCAAUAACCACCUCUACUGCCCCUAUAACCACCUCUACUGCACCAGUGACCACCCCUACUGCCCCGACAACCACCUCUACUGCACCAGUGACCACCUCUACUGCCCCGACAACCACCUCUACUGCACCAGUGACCACCUCUACUGCCCCGACAACCACCUCUACUGCACCAGUGACCACCUUUACUGCCCCGACAACCACUUCGACUGCACCAGUGACCACCUCUACUGCCCCGACAACCACCACUUCUUUCCUUGCAGCCACCACUUCUACCCCAACCAAAACCACAACUACCACAACCACCACUACUACCUCAGCAACAACCACAACUCCUGGGCUAUCUCAGUCCAGUGCAGGAUUGCUGCCAUCACUGUGACAGUUGCCAAGGACUUUCUAAAGAGCAGAAAUAUCAGGGAGAGCGCCCUGUACCUGGGCCAGGAGGAAUGCGGGAUCAACAACAGCAAUGCCACCCAUGCCCAGCUGACCGUAGAGUGGGAUAAGUGCGCCACUACGCUUGUGCAUAAUGACACCUACUACACAGCAUCUGUAACCCUAUUUAACAACAUGCUCCCAUACAACUUAACUGAUGGAACAGUGGAGGUACCCAGACUACGCCUGGAGGUUCCCAUCAUGUGCACCUACAUGAGGAGCAUGCUCAUGUCUGCUGACUUCGGCUCCAUGGGGUAUGCCAUGAUCAAAGAUGUCAUCACAGGCUCGGGGUCAUUCCAGUUGACCGUGCAGCUGAUGAAUGGUACAGUGCCUCUACCCCACAACUACAGCUUGUCUCCAGACGAGGCCGUGGUGGUGGAGGUCAGCCUCAACACCUCCUCACCACAGAUUAAAGUAGUCAUCAACAUGUGCUGGGCCACCCCAACCCCAAACCCUGCAGACAUCAAUCGUAACAUCUUCCUGAACCACAGAUGCUCGCUGAACACAUACACUCAAGUGCUGAUGAAUGGGAACUCCAGCACAUCCCGCGUGUCUGUACAGAUAUUCUCCGUCGUCAACCAUAAUAUGAUCUAUUUGCACUGCCAGGUGCAGAUCUGUGUGCAGAUUGGAUCUGCUAGCUGUGUGCCUGACUGUGUACAAAGAACAUCUCGAUUUUCAAACACAAUUGGAACAGCUGUUGGUUCUAUUGGGCCAAUACUCAGGUCUGAGAAUGAGUCCUUUGAUGAAGAAAUUAACAAUCUACAGCUAAUUGGACUGUCCUGUCUUGGAGUAGGCCUGUCACUCUUCUUCAUCAUUGGUUUCGUCUGCCUUUUCUACUACCAGAGGAAUCGCAUUGGACACUACAACUUCAGCGUCAAACCCAAGGAGGAGAACUUCACCUACCUUGUGUUUAACACUUAG